GGGAAAGAGUGGGGGGAGGACAGGCAGAGAACUAGAGCCAGUGUUACAGAGAGGGAGAGCAGAAACAGUCAACAAGAUAACAAGAGCUACGCGUGGGACAGCAGCCCACCGGAAAAGCGACGAUAGAGACAGAGCAGGCGAGCCGGUGUGCAAAACAAACGUGUCAGAGCCUGUGGGUCUGUCUGUCUGUGUGAGCUCAGUGUGUUUCCACGGUUCUCCCGAGGCCGUGGCAGCCAUGGCAUCAGACCCCAGCACCCAGUCCAGGGUGAUGUUCCAGGCAACGGGCAAAACAGAGGAGCCGGCGCACCGCAAGCUGGGAAAGCUGACGGUCAAAUACAACCGCAAGGACCUGCAGAGGAGGCUGGAUAUCGAGGAGUGGAUCGACGGGCAGCUGCACCUCCUAUUUGACUGUGAGGAGGAAGAGAUUCCAGAGUUAGAGAUUGACAUAGAUGAGCUUUUGGAGCUGACGGACGAGGGGCAGAGAACCCGGCUGCAGGAGUUGUUGCAAGAAUGCGGAAAGCCGAAAGAGGAUUUUAUCAACAGCCUGCUCUACAGGAUAAAGGGUCUACGCAAAAUGUCAGGUCCCUUGAAGAAAUAAUUAUAGGUCAAAUAAAGAAUUGAGACAA